AUGCGCACGAGCCUCGCCUUCGAUGAUUUGCGUUGGGAGCGGCCAGCAAAACACCGAGCUGAGCUAGUGCACAUCCGUGCGCUGGUCUGCGUCGAGGCGAGAGAUGGCGCGAGCAGGGGCAUUCCCACGGUCGCCGAGGAGGCAUUGCUCACCUGCCAGACAGUGUUAUGCAUCCUGGGGUGCGCGCUGCUCUUCGUGUGCAUCUUGCUUCCAACGAGCAUGAUGUGGAUGCCAUGGGAGAUUCACAUGGCGUACUUCCAUAGUUUCGUUGCAGGAGUUUCCUUGAUGUGGUCAAGCAACACUCGCUACAUGUGUUUCGGGAACCAAACCCCGCUAUGCGUACGUUGUGGGGCGUGGAUGCUUGGCGCAGUGCUAUACAUGUGUUUGCUGAUGUUAUGUUCUGGUGAAUCGGAACAGCUCGUGUGGCAUAUUGCUGUUGUGUAUAUGGGGUCGUUUCAGCUUGCGUGCGUGUUCUUUGAGUGCCCACAAGUAGUGGUGAAGCACCAUUCCACGCAGGCUCAGUGCAUGAAGACGGCCUGGGCGUUCAUCGCUGGGACGGCUCUCGGGGCUUUGCCAUGCAUGGUGGUCGUUCCUAUCUACAUCACGGUCUGGCGCUGGAAGUCUACGUCGGAUCAUCCACUGGCGAUGACUAUUCUGGUGCUUCUGUGGGUAUUGCUUCAAGUCCUGCUAAAGUGGAGCGGAGUUCAUAUUUGGCGAACCGCUUGCCAGAUCGCCCCACAUCUCGGGCACCUGUUCUGGGUACUGUAUGUUGAGCUCGUGCUUGGUCUCCUGGGAAUUGGCAUCUUUAUGCGCACGAUGGGAUCUGCUCUUGCAUAUUCGCUUUCCACCGCGACGGUAAUGGCCGCGAUCACGAUUCGUGGCCUCCACGCAGGGAGGUAUGCACCAGGCACGGCCGCACUCAUGGAGCAGCGAGUGGUCUUGUUUCUGGAAAUAUAUGUUUCGCUGGCUUCCAAGAUGAGUGUGUUUGUCGUAUAUGUAGUGCAUGCAUCCACGGAGGUUGCGUUUGGGAGUACGCUUGCUCUUAGAGAACGUGCAGUGCGCUCGACGAUGUCAGGUGGAAGUCGCCCUGUGCCUAACCCUUUCCCUGUGAUCCUCUUCAAGCGUUCGAGAACCAGCGGUUCUUUUGACAUAGUGAUAGGCUUAACUUGUUGUGCAAUCCCAGCAGUAUUCAGUAUGAUUACAUGGCGCUUGUUGCCAAUGGUUUGGAAAUGCGAACGCACCUCUCAGCGAAACCGGAUCUCUCCUGAGCUUGUAGGCGCCCAGUCGUGCCGAACCAUUUGCACCACAACCUCUUCACAUCACAGCGAUGACGUCAAAACCUCGGCCAGUUCGAAUCCAUCGAGCGGAAACCAUGACAGAGCUGAUCCCAGCUGCGGUGUAGACGAGGCUCCGAGGAGGUCGGACACCAGCUCUGGCUGGCUCCCUGCAGACUCGGGCAGCACUGUGGCUUCCAGUCAGAUCCGCUUGCUGCGGGCUUUUGCCAGUGACAAUUUGUAUAACUUGGUGAGCUUCUGGUGUUUCACUAUGUGCUUGGUGAUACUGAUGAUGAGCACAGUAGACACACUGCCAGAUUUUGCCUGA